AUGGAGCGGAAGAGAUCGACUAGUCGGUCCCCUUCUCUCUCGAGGAGACCCUCCUUCAAGGAGAAGAAGGGAGUGACCCUCCUCGCCAAGAAGAAGAAGGGGACGGGACCCUCUGGGAAGAAGGAGAGGUGGCUCCUCACCCGCAAAACGUGGCGGUACAUGACCGACGCGGUGGGAAAUUUGUUACCCGAGUACCGAACAGGGAGUCAUCAUCACGGAGGUCAUGGUGCCAAUGCACCUACAACAACGACUCCGACCGCGAGUGGGUCUGGUUCUGGGUCUGGUGCGACGAGUAGGAGGGGAUCGGGCUUGUUUCAGGGUGGUGGUGGUAGUGGUAGUGGUGGUGGUGGAAAUAAGGGGACCGCAUCCCCACCACCGGGUCAGUUACAGCCCCACCAGUUGCAGCAGUGGACAAUGCAACAGCAGCAAUGGGUCCAACAGCAUAGUUCCACGACGACCUUCUCCACCGGAACGACUCCAUCCGUCUCAACCACAUCCGGGUCCAACCAACCUCAACAACCAAAGUCUAAACCCACGUCCCCCACUUCGGGCAACUUUCCUUCCUGGGUGCCAUGUUCAUUUCCAUCCCACAGACCUGGGGUCACACCCACGGGACCAGGACCUGGUGGUCAACAGCAUCUAGUUCAUCACAGAACGGGUCAAAUAUUGGGACCGGUGAAUAAAUAUAUUAAUCCGGCCGUAGACCCGGAAGAUUUAGUUCAGGUGGAGCAACAUUUCCAGGACGUGUGCACCAAAGAGAAGAAAUUCCUCCUGUGGACGAGAAACAAACCGAAAGCCCUCUCCGGUCCGGCCCUACGCGACUUGAAAGAGAAAGAAAAACGUGACGAGGCUGCUUUAGCUGCAGCCGCAGCAGCAGCAUCCCCUCCGAAAAAGCUCCUCCUCCCCGACUACUUUUCACCCGAUGAGUUUGAAGAGGACGAGGAAGACUAUGACGAGUAUGGUGCCGAGGAUGAAGAACAAAUCACUGUGUGUGAGCGUCGAAAAAGCUCCACGGCCUCAAGUACAAUUUCCAUCAUUGGUGGUCAACCGGGCACCUCGUCCUCGUUUUUCCGUCCCCUUUCAUCCUUCGGUCAACCGCAGCAUGCAUCCUCCUCUCACUCGGAGACGAGCUACUCGAUGGUCGGGGGUGGGCCGGGCGAGGCGCAGAGAGUUGUGCGGCACACGGGGAUUCAGACAGACCCGUUUCCAGAAGAGUUGCUCAUCCGGCUAAGGCUUCAAGCGGUGCAUGACGAGAGGCAAAAGCAGAUCCAGGCGAUGCAGAUCCAGCUGCAGAGACAGCAUCAUGGAGGUCAAGGACAACAGCUGCAUCAUCACCAAGGUGGUGAUCAUGGUGACAUGGGGGGAAAUGCCGGUAGUGGUGGAGAUGCCACAGCAGGUGGGCAUAUGACCACGGGGAUGGGACCAUGGUACGGUGGUGCUGGUGGGGUUGGCUCCUUCGGGUCUAGCGGCACUAGUGGAGGUGGUGGUGGUAGUGGAACAGGAGGAGGAGGAGGAGGCACUGGGACACAAUAUUCUGGUGGAGGAGGUUUGAUGGGUUUGCAUGGACCACAAUACCAAUCAGGCGGACCUAGCGGAGUACAUCAUCACUCCGGAAUGGGCGCUGGUCAUGGCAGUGGUGGCGCUGGUUCUGGUGUGAAUCUGCGCUCCGUGUCCCUCUCUACCAGCCCCGGUGGGGGUUUGAAGGAAACUGUGAUACCCAUCAAUACGGCCAAUCUGACGAGUGCUAGCUAUGGUCACUCUACGGAUCAAGGCGGCGGUGCUGGUGGGGCAGGGCUUCGAAGUCAGAGUGGAUCUGGGCGUGAGUCUGAGGAGAAAAUGUUGGAGUAUGGCGGAGGGAAAACUGGUGGUGCUGGUGCCCCUGACUCUACUGACAAGAAGAGCGAAGAAUCUGGAUACUCGUCAUCAAUUUCGGAUACAGUCAUGAAAUACCUUCGCAUCAUGCGCAAGAAUUCCAAGGCGGAUAACAAAGAGACGAUCGACAAGUUCAAAACGGUCAACUAUGAUCGCUCCUUGAGAUACAUCAAGAGUAAAAAUGUGACCGUGGAGGAAGCAUUGGAGCACGAAAAGAACAAAGCUUUAGGCUUAAGUGGCAAGGGCAGUGGUGGUGCGGGUGAUGAGCAACCAGUCAGUGACUCCACAGCUCAACAAGGUCAAAGUCCUGGUCAACCCAAUCAGCAGCAACAACCGGGGACGACAAGUAAACCUUCUGCUGCAUCGCCAAGUGCAGGCAGCGGAUCAACGGGACAAACCUCAGCCCCACUUUCACCAACCGCACCAAAGGAAAAGGCAGGAGGGACAAAAGUGAAGCAGAAAAAGCAGCAACAAUCACAACAGCCUCCGCUUUCUCCGACAUCUUCGUCCUCACCCCCACCACCACAACAACACCAAACUCCAGCUGGUCAGGAAAGUGGUCAGGAUCUCAUAACCGGGAUCGUCCAUCAAGGAGGAACAUCUGCUGCUGCCACUUCCGGUGGUGCCAGUGGGGUUCGUUCGUUACCUCAUUUAGGGUCACCCCCACCAACAAGUCCGUUGGAGGAUGGGAGUGGCAGUGAGGUCGAAGUGGCGACACCAACAAAUACGACGGACAAGAAAAAGGGCACUCUUGGGAAGAAAAAUACUGUCAAAAAGAAAGUUGUUGGUGCAGUGAGUGGAAAGAGUGAGAGUGGAAAAGUGGCAGCGACAAAUCUCGCCACCGAAGCCACAGUGAGAGGCCAGCAAAAGCAAAAUGCUAGCUUAUCAUCAUCCUCCUCCCCACAAGUAGGACUGGCCUCAACAUCCUCUUCCGGAGGCAUCAUUGAUAUGGGGAAAGGUACACUGGGGCAAGUUGAGAAACUGGCAAGUCCAUCAUCCAUGGCUGUUGAUACGACUGGAGCAAACUCUCCCGUGUCGAAUGCAACGACAGCGAUAACACCAAAUCAGGCAGCCGGUACAACAGUGGGCGGAGGAGGUGGUGUCAUCCGCCACCUACGAGUGACCUCACCUCCGAAAGAGGUAGGCAUCCAAGCGGGUGAAAGUUUGAUUAAAUAUUUGCGAAAGCUAUCCGACUUCUCGUCCCCCUCCGAAUCCCCGGCAGAACUGGCCUCACUUUCUCCCCGGCUUUCCAUCGCGACAUCGGAGGGAGCCGAAUGGUACAUGCACCACGCCCAGUAUCACCACAGCACAACUUCGUCCGGCAUCCCCACCACGAGUCGGAGCAGUUUCGACGCCUUUGACCUCUACUCGGUCGGAGGUGGCGAUUCCUCCGCGUCAACGUCGGAAUGGGAGGACGCUUGGGUGCAACAACUAUUGCAAUAUCAGCAAUUAUUCCAGCAGCAACAAGGCUGCGGAGGACAGCAGCAGCAGAUAAUGCCAGAAUCGUCCACCUUGCUCAGUCCACCACAGGGAGUGGGAGGAGGGGGAAAAGGUGGACUUUCGCCAAUUCCAGCGUCAGCGACUGGGUCCUCAGGAUCCUCUGGCUCUGGUAGUGGUGGUGGGGGUGCAUCAUCAACUUCUUACUCUCCAAGGACACAGCACCACCAACUGAACGUCAAAAUCUGCCCCUCUUCUGCUCCCCCUGCAUCGGGAUCCACACCUUCGACGCCUGGGGGAGGAUCUGGUUCUUCCAUCAUGUCCUCGUCUCACGGAGAAAGAGGAGGAGGCAGCAGUGGUGGCGGUGGUCUCAUGAAAUCAUUCUUCUCUUCAUCCCCAUUCUCAUCAUCGUUCGGGUUUAGAAGUUCCUCGAGCAAAAAACCAUCCUCGACAAGUUCCCUUGGUCAGGGUGGCUCGGGUGGUGGCGGGUCUACCGUGACGACGUCCAACUCCGCCUCGUCCGUACUGGGUCGAGGUGGAGGAUUAUUAGGGUUGCCUCCGACCACAUCAUCCUCUCCAAAUCUUCUUAGUCUCGUCCAUUCCACGUCGUCAGGGUCGCAUAGUCAUGCUCACAGUGGUGGUCAUUCAUCUUCCAGUGGUCACGGCUUUUUCAGGAGUUCUGACCGCGACCUGAGAAUAGGUUUAGGUGGUAGUGGUGGGGGUGGUGGUGGUGGUUCUACGAGCUGGGCUGGGGGUAUGCUGAGCCGGGUUGGGUCAGGAUCUAGGUCUCGAUCGGGUGGUGGUGAUGGUGGGAGCGGGGGUUUGGGGUCAUCCUUUGGAUUUGGGUCGAAAGUUCCGCAGAAGGGCGAAAUGAAUCUGCCCCUCGUAGAUAACUCUAACCCACUUUCUCCUCCUUCUUCUUCUUCCUCUAAUCCAGUGAUGCAGAAGUCCAAGUCUUCCUCCAGUGUGGGGGGAGGCGGUGGCGGCGGCGGUGCGGGGACCGGAGGAGGCGGUGGACGAGGACUUAUCUCAAAGAGCUCCAGAAUUUUCAAGUCCAGAUCUAAAAGUACGACGAGAGCGAAUACGAGCUCAAGCGGGUCUGCGCCAUGUUCCUGGGCUCCGCAGGGAAAAUGUCGCUGGCGAUCCCCCUCUGGAAAGACGAUCACCCUCGAAUCCACCAACGCCCUGGCCCUCUCCGAACUGGAACGCUCCACUCUGGUCGAGGUGGCUUUGGAGAAGUUGAAAUCCAUAAAUCUCGGCGUGGAGGUGAAGCUUCCCAAGGAGAAGGCUGCUUCCGGGGCAACCACGAAGAAACGGCGUCCCUACCUCUUGAAGAAGAAGGCUCUCUCCACGGGUUUCUUCGAAGGGGGCAAACGGGACGAGAAAGAGUCGAGCGGUGGGAGUGGGAUGGUUUUCGGGAUCUCGUUGUCCACAUGUGUCGCCAAUGACCGGUUGCGCCAAGGAGUUCAGGGAGGAGCAGGAGGAGGAAGUGGCGGAGGGUCUACAGCUACCCAACCUCCUCAAGCAGCAACUGCGACCACGACGACCACCACGACCCAAGGAAGCACGCCCUAUUAUAGGAAAAGAUCUCAAAAUGGGAGUAGAAACAGCGUCGCGGAUGUUCAGAUGGGUCGUGAAGAUAAGGGUUCGACGGAGAGUUUGUUAUUUUGGGGAAAGCGUGGCAGUGUCGCAGCCGUUGAGACCAUUCCAGCCGCGGUGGGACAGCCUCCUUCCAUGGACAUACUGCAACCCCCACUCCCCUCAGUUCCAUCCAUUGUUACGGCUUGCGUGCAGCAUUUGGAGAACUAUGGGCUUCAUACCACAGGAAUUUUCAGGGUGUCCACGUCACUCAAACGGAUUCGACAGUUGAGGGAAGAGAUUGACGGGGGGAAAGAUGUGGAAUUUGGUGAAGAGCACAGUCCUCACGACGUGGCUGCCUUGUUGAAAGAAUUUCUCCGCGACCUGCCAGACCCACUCCUCUCACGGGAACUGUACCAACCUUUUCUUAAAACACAGAAAAUACGAAACCGUAAACAACAACUUGAAGCAGUCCAACACCUCGUCCAAUUACUUCCUGCCGCAAAUCGCGACACGCUGGCAUCUCUCCUCGCCUUUUUCGCCAAGGUUGUCGCCAACGCGGGCGAGACGAGAAGCUCGGGUGGAGAGCUACUGCCUGGAAACAAGAUGGAGGGCUACUCCCUAGCCACGCUGAUCGCCCCAAACAUCCUCCCGUGUAUGGAAGGAGGUGGAACGGCGGGGUCUGGGGACCACACCCUCACGAAAGAGAGGAGAGAGUCCAUCGACGUGGUCAACUACAUGAUCUCCAAUUACACCCAGUUGUUCGAAAUCUCGCCCGAACUGCUUCACGAUGUUUAUCUCCAUCUGAUGGACACUCAGCCGGAAGCGGUGGAAGGACUUUUAAAAAUCAAGAGUGGAUUUGUAGACGAUGCUAAUGACGAAAUGGAGACGAGUUCCGUGUUCGAGGGGAGUGAAUGCGGUGACCUGCCGGAGGGGGAAGAAGUCCAGACACCACAACCACAACAGCGUGUCUUUCGGAGACGGGAGGAUAUAUUGCAUGAAGGGGCAGCACACGGGGGACCAAUUUCAGGGCACUCUCACCAUACGAGUCAACCAGCAACAGCAGCAGCAGAGCCGAGUGGAAGGUUGAGAGGAAGUGAUCGAGUUCGUGGGAGAAGAGACAGCUCUCGAGAUCGAUCAGGAGGUGCGGCAGUUUCGGAUCAGGAGAAAGGGGGUCAAAGUGGGGCAGAAAGUGACACCUCCAGUACAAAAUCCAGUUCGAGAUGGUUCCGUAGAACGAGGCCAGAUAAGACGAGAACUUCCAGUGAUUCAGGAAGCGAGAAAGUGAAAUGUUUCACCAGCGGAGGGAUUGCCACUGCCCAUCCCACUCAGAAAAGUGGUCUGGAAUCGAAACGAGCCAAUUCUCUAGAUUCCGUCAACAUGAAGGAGUCUUGUAGUCAAGGCGGAGGUGGUGGGAGUAGCGACGUCACUGGAGGAGCCACAUCCCAAAAGGAAAAGAGUAAUUCCGACCAAAGUUUAAAAGUUCCAGAAAAUUUGAAUAGACGGCAAAGCUCUCCGGUUUUGGAGAGUGCGGGUGUAAUCACGGCGUCCUUGAAGAUCCCAGUCCCUGUCCCGCUGAACAUUGACGACACCGACAUUCCAUUUAUCGAGGAGGACCAUCAGCACCACCACUCUCACUACUCGUCCACACGACAACACCCAAUAGUUCCUGCGGCAUCGAGUACAGCUCGAAGUAGAGGACGUUCUGCGUCUACGGAUUCCUCUGCUCCAAUAAAAUCGCCGCAAUCAAGCCACACUACGACGCCAAUUAGUUCCCCAGGUAGGCAACCCUCCUCCGAGGUGUCGUCUCCCCUCGGCUUCUCACCCCCCGGCUCGCCUCCCUAUGACACAUUCCCAUAUGAAGAGAUGACUGCCCGCAUCCUCCUCGGCGGUACUGCCGGAACUGACCAGGUCACAGCUUCGACAUCCACGUCCACCACCAUGACCAGUUCGGUGGACAAGGUGGUUCCGGCCAAGGUGGUCACGUCGUUGUAUCUCCAGCCCGCCGCCAAUACACCAAAUGCCAAUAGUAGUAAUAGCGGAGGAGGAAAUUCUGGAGGACCAUCAUGCCAAACGGCCACCGCGUCGGUUUAUAUCCCGGGCGUAGCAUCGGAUGGCAAAACCCAUGGCAAAGAAACAACUCGCCACCUCGGAAUCCUUUCUACAACCCCAUCCUCCGGGUCAGCUAUCGGUGGUUUGAUAAAAUCCAAAACAGCAGAUUUUGAAAAACUGUCUAAAUCCACCGCCAACUCGCCCACAUCUUCCACGGCUACCUUGACGUACUCAAUAGCUCCCAAAAUGAGGCUCCGUUCCCAAGAGAACAUUGUCCUCAAACAGCAAUUCCUCCUUCGACAGCAGCAACUCCAGCAACAGCACCCCCAUUAUGCACACCCUUCACAGGAGGAGGGACGGAGGCGCGACGCGUCAAACACGCCCACGCCUCCCCCUCAAACGACUUCUGGACACGAAGCUAAUCAUAAAUCGACCACCGUCAGGUCACCUUCUGUCAAGGAUAUGACGACGACAGAGCAGCAGCAGCAGCAUGGGUCACCAACACAUUCGCCUACAUCCAAAUCCUCACCCGGAUCGCGUGGUCUAACCCGUCGUCGUCAACCCCUCACUGGGUCCGCUUCGUCCUCCGCUAUCAUCCCCUCAUCAUCCCACCACUCGUCGUCGUCCUUGACGUCCUCCGACCACCACCGACCUCACCACGGGUCAAGGCAUCCACCCACCGUGACAGAGCCACAGACCGUUCCCACUCCGGCCGGAAGUAGUGGAGGUGGCUCACCGUCACGUUGGAAAAGGUCUGAAAUAAUUGCGAGUCGGCAUGACGAUUCGCCAUCGGACCACGGAAGUGGUGGUGGGAGUUCCCGUUCGAUCGGCGGUGGAGGUGGGGGUACACCGGAGACGUUUCUAUGACGUCGCCGCACUUGCGAUAUCAUUGCCGUCGUCAAAAUCAUAAUUAAUAAUAAUAAUAAUCAUAGUAGUUUUGCUUCCAUUAUGAUGAUCCAUUUUUAUUCAGAUUUUUACGCUUCAGAUUAUUCUUGUAAAAAAUUAAUUUUAUUAUUACGACUAAACUCGAUAUAUCUUAUUAUUUCAUGCUGACCUUCUUACUUUACUUACUUAAAAUACUUCUAGUUUGGCUCCUGUAAUUAUUAUUAUUUUAGCAAUUAUUUUAGCAAUUAUUUUGCAUGGUGCUAUUUAAAUAUGAAAAAAUAUGUGUGCUAGAGAAAAAGUGAGAUUUAAGAUUAAAAUAAGAACUCGGUCCACGUGGAUUGACGCCACCGACAGGAUUUUGUGACCAUCGCCGCGUUGUUGUAUUUAUUUUGAGACCAUUUUUAUUAUGUUCCGUUUCUCCGUUACUAUUUUUUGGCUAUUAAGCUUAUCAUUAUGUACACUAUGCUGGUAAACUACAUAUUAUACGGUGCAGCAUGCAGCUACGUAAACUGACAAUUUUAUUAACUCACAAAAUAAAAGGAAUGAAUAAGUAUAACAUUUUUCGUGGUUGUUGUACUAAUUCUAAAUAGUUCAUCCUAAUAAUCUUAGACUCGACGCACGCAUUGUUUAACAUUUAAUAACAACAACAGAGAUUCACUAUUCAACAAUUUGUUAUUUGUGGCGAAAGUGAAAAUUUUACAAGACGGUGAAUUUGUUGGGAAACAAGAAUGAAUAAAUAAUUGCGGAACGAUUCGAUGGGUGGGAAAGUUCAGGAGAGACGUGAUUAUGUACUUCAAUUGCAUGUUUAGAAUAAACUAAAUACUUAAAUGUUAUUAUGCCAAUUAUUUUUAAAGGGUGUGUCACGCAAUAAAAGGUUUAUUUGUAUACCA